AUGACAUCGCAGGGGAAACAGGAGGACAGGAAGAGCCUUCCACCUCCGGAUCAGAUGAGUAUCCAAGAGGGCGAUUUCGAUAAGUCUAAUAUUCACGAUAUCGCCUUGAGGCUGGCCGCCGAGUCCGAAGGGGAGGAGCUGGACUCUCGUGCCGAAAAGACGCUGUUGAGGAAGAUAGAUUGGGCAGUAAUGCCAUUGUACUACGACAAAGCCAUUAUCGGACAUGCCGCUGUCUUCGGGCUGAAGACCGAUCUCAAUUUGACGAAAGGUCUGCAGUACUCGAACACGACAAUGGUCUUCUACUGUGGCUUUCUCCUUGGUUGCUAUCCACUAUCGGUACUUGCUCAGAGGCUUCCAACGGCCAAGGUCUGCGCAGCUCUCUGUAUGGCCUGGGGCGCUAUCGUCCUGACAACUCCGGCGUGCACCUCAUACGGCGGCUUCAUUGUCAAUCGGUUCUUCCUGGGCGUUGUUGAGUCCGGUAUAUCCCCAGCCUUCAUGCUGAUCACGUCCAAAUGGUACACCAACCAGGAGCAGGUUCUCCGGUCUGGUCUGUGGUACUCGUGCAGUGGCGGCGUCAACCUCAUCUCACCUCUUCUCAACUACGGCCUGGGUAGUAUCCCAAGCCCCUUGGCAGGCUGGCGCAUCAUGUAUCUCUUCGCUGGAGUCCUCACAUUUUGCUGGUCUUUUGUCAUUUGGACCUAUUUCCCGGAUGGCCCUGCCACAGCGCGCGGGUUUACCGAGUACGAGCGCGCCAUGGCUAUCCGUCGGCUGCGCAAAAACAACACGGGUGUUGAUAGCACGCAUUUGGUGCCCUCUCAGAUUCUCGAGGCUCUGACUGACUGGUAUUUCUGGGCUGUCUUCGUUAUGUCCAUGCUAAGCAGCGUUGCCAGCGGCGCUUCCAACACGUUUGCCUCGAUCGUCUUCAAAGGCAUGGGCUUCAGCACCUUCGUGACUCUCAUGCUCAAUAUCCCCCUAGGAGCCAUGGCAAUCCUCACCAUUGUAGGCUCCGGAUAUCUGGGACGCAAGAUUCCCAACGCUCGUCAUCAUAUCUAUAGCGCCGCCUGUCUGCCUGUCAUUCUCGGGUGCUGUCUCCUAUGGAAGCUGCCGAGUUCCAAUACUGGUGGCAGAAUCGCUGGUGUCUACCUUGUUACCUUCUUCGGUUCAUGCUACGUCCAGGUCAUUGCCUUCGGUACCAGUAACGUUGCCGGUUAUACCAAGAAGUCGGUAUUUGCUGCUGGAGUAUUCAUGGCGUACUGCUUGGGUAACAUAAUAGGCCCGCUGCUUUUCGAUUCAAAAUUUGCACCGCGCUACAGCCAGUCCUUCACGGGAAUCAUGGUUUGUUUUGCCGUUGCCAUUAUCGUCAGCGAAGGUACCCGUUUCAUGCUGCAACGUGAUAAUAUAAGAAGGGAUAACGAGUAUGGACUUCCUGGAAGUAGCCAUGGCCUAGAAGAUAUGACCGAGAGACAGAAUAAGGAUUUCAGGUAUCAGGUGUAA